AUGUCCAUCACUACCAUUUUCAUUUCCGGGAUCAAAGGCUGGGGUGCUUCAUCGGGAAAUUCGGAAAAUGAGCUAACGGAUAGCAAUGGCGGGGGCCGAUUGUACAGUCAACGAGCGUUCCGCGAGCGCAAGGAGCGCCACGUCCGCGAGCUGGAAGACAAAGUCAACUCCCUGGAACAGGAAUCGACCACCCUCGCCGCAGACAACGAGCGGCUGAAGCGCGAGCUGGCCAAGUACGCCACCGAGAACGAGGUUCUGCGGGCGACAUCGAGCUCGUUUGCGAAUGUGCAGGGUCACCGUCUCGAGUCCGAGCCGACCGUGACGGGGCCGAUGAAGUACACGCCUACGGAUUUUUACUCCAAUCUCGUGCCACAGGGCGAGCCGGCGCCUAGUCAUCGGGUGACGAUCUGCGAGAAGACGGGGGAGAGGCUGCUCGAUGCCGGGGCGACUUGGGAUCUGAUCCAGGCGCAUGAGCAGUAUAAGAGGGGCAUGGUCGACAUUGGGGAUGUCUCGAAUCGUUUGAAGGGGGUGGCUCAGUGUAAUGGGCAGGGCCCUGCGUUUCGCGAGGGCCAGAUUCUUCAGGCCAUCGAGGCGAGUGUGGCUGCUGGGCGUGAUGAAUUGAUAUGA